AAAUUCAAAAUUACACCCAAAUUAGAGUCCCUUUCGCAAAUUAUUCAAUCUUCAAGGGCUCAUCAUUUCAAAGAUUACACAAGUAUGCCUUCAAAGUGAAACCAGAACAAAGAUCAAUUCGAAAACAAACCCACCCGAAUUUUACGCGCAGCGAGGGAGGAGAGUGCGUGUGUGUGAUGACGAUGGAUAGGGAGAAAGAAAGAGAGAUAGAGCUGGAGAGUGCGAUGUACACGAAUUGCUUGUUACUUGGUUUGGAUCCGGCCAUAAUCGGGAUUGGGUCGAACAACGGGACUCCUCGGGUUGGACUAUUCCGUCAUUCCAACCCGAAAUUAGGCGAACAGCUUCUAUACUUCAUCCUGUCCUCUCUCCGUGGCCCCAUUCAAUCCGCCAAAGACUUCGACAAGGUGUGGCCGAUUUUUGAUUCGGCCCAGUCCCGUGAUUUUCGAAAGGUUGUGCAAGGGAUUAUUAGCGAGCUCGAAUCGCAAGGGGCGUUGCCGAGGAGCAAUUCGAGGGUUUCGUCACUUGCGACUUGCUGUGGACCUAGAUUCGUCGAACUUCUGUGGCAACUUUCAUUGCAUGCUUUGCGAGAGGUUCAUAGGCGAACAUUUGCAGCUGAUUUAUCAUCCAACCCGCUGCCUGCUCCAUUGACAGAUGUAGCUUUCUCACAUGCGGCUACAUUACUUCCUGUAACUAAGGGUAGGAUAGCUCUUGAAAGAAGAAGAUUUCUGAAAAAUGCUGAGACAGCAGUGCAGAGACAGGCCAUGUGGUCCAAUUUGGCUCAUGAAAUGACGGCUGAGUUUCGUGGUCUAUCUGCUGAAGAGGCGUAUCUACAACAAGAGCUUGAGAAACUACAUGAUUUAAGAAAUAAAGUGAAGUUGGAAGGUGAACACUGGGAUGAGCUCGUAUCUAGCUCAAGUCAGAACUCUCAUAUGGUUCAGAGAGCUACUCGCUUGUGGGACUCUUUGUUAUCUCGCAAAAGUCAGCAUGAGGUUCUUGCUUCCGGUCCAAUUGAGGAUCUUAUAGCUCACCGCGAGCAUCGGUAUCGAAUCUCCGGUUCAUCUUUGUUAGCAGCAAUGGAUCAAAGCUCUUUAGUUCCAUCUGCUAAUCAACCUCCAUCACACCUAGAUGAUGAGGAAAUUGAAGGCUCGAAAGAAAAUGUAAACAAAGGGAAGAACAAAAGUAAAUUAGAUUAUUCUCAUGCAGAAGGAAAUGAUGAAAAAAUUUCCCGAGUAGAUGAAAGAAGCGUGAGAGGGCAGCCAACUGUUGAUAUAGCAGAAGUUUUGAGGCGUUGGACGCAUGCCUUGCAACGCAUACAUAAACAAUCACUUCAAUUGGCAAAAGCCAAUGAUGGAGAGGGUCCAGAGCUCCUACGAAGUAUGCAUAAUGGUGGUACUGGUAGUCACGCCGAGUCUUUGGCAGCAACACUUGCUGAACAUCAGCAGCACCUGGAUAGUAUACAGGUGCUAAUAGAUCAACUAAAGGAUGUUGCUCCGGCCAUACAGAAUUCAAUCUCAGAGCUUACGGAGGAAGUUAACAGUAUAUCGUCCCCUCUCUCCCCUGUGGGUAAACAUCAUGGCAGAUUGAACUCGCCUAUCCAGGCACAGGGCAGUGGAAGGAUAUUGGAAAGUGGUACUGAUGAUUUUGCUGAAAUGACCUCAAGAUUAUCAUCUUUGCAGCUUGAAAAAGGAUCAGCUAGCCCCCCUGCUUUAAAAUUGCCACCGCUGUUUAGUUCUGCACCAAAUUCUUCUGGUAAAAGUGGGAACAUGCAAAAACGACAGAAUAUACCACAAACCAACCAAGUGGAAAAUAUUUCUGACAAGAAGUCUUUAGAACAGCCUCUCUUAAAGAGUGAUAUGGAUAACCCACCAUAUGAUGAAAAUCAAAUUUUCCUCCAAAACUUGAAGAGAUCUGUUAGAGAAGCUGCUCUUUCAUCUCAAUCCUGCAACUUAGAGUCAUCCCAAGACAGCCGUUCUGAUGAUAGCUCUGAGCACUUCUUUGUACCGCUUUCAGGGACUGGGUUUUCCCGUUUAGACCGAGAUAAGAAGCCAAAUUCACUAAAAAGUAGACAAUUAUUCACACCUCAAGCAGAUCCUUCCUUGCUUGAGACUUGUGCUCCAAACAACCAUUUUGGGAGCAAAUAUGAUGGAAUCGGCUACAUGUUAAAUGAUUUGGAUUCACUCGAUGAGUUUGACGGUGUCAAUGGCUUCCUCUCAGCGGUCGGUUCAAAUUCUUCAGUUUCUGAUCCAAACAGGUCAUUUUAUGACCUGGAUGAAACUCAAGAUCAAGUUUUCUCACCUCCUUUGCUGAUGGACACAUCGCUAUUGGCUGAUUCUUAUGAAGAUUUGCUAGCUCCAUUAUCAGAGACUGAAACGGCUUUGAUGGAACAUUGAUGUCAAAUCGUUCUGAUCAAACGUGCUGCUGUAUCUCCAAAGAGUUCUCUUUGUGGAAUUUAUUUUCUUUUCAUUCCGUAAUUGGGAAAUCCGCAUUAACCUCCUUGCGCCGUACAUAUGAUGUGGCACUUAACUGUUCUGUUCAUUUCUGCUUUGGAUGCUACUCUCUAGGUUAUGGCAUUGUUGUUUGUACAACAGGUACUCGGGUUUUUUUUUGUAGUGGGGGUGGGUUGCCUGGUCGGCUUGGCAGAUAUUGGACUUCCCAUGUUUCUUGUCCUGUAAGAAAGACGAGGCUAUGUGGAAGAUGGGCAUCUGGCCAAGUAUCAAGUAUCCGGUGAUCAAGGUUCAAUCUUUUUAUCUAUGCAUAUUUUUUACAUUUGUAACGAUUCAUGCUGAGAAACCAAUUUAUUUAUUACUUUCUUGUAUUAAGCAGUAGAAAAUGUUGUCUGAUCACUGAUGCAUAUUGGGUUGUCGAAUGAGCAUUUGUUUGUAUCAUUGCUUUUAAAAAAAUCACUUUUCAGCUUU